GCGUCUGAGAUCUCUCUUAUCAUACACAAGCACGCGCGCACACACACACACAGAUCAAGCACACACUCAUAUACACACAAAUUCAAAUGGAGCGUUCAAUGCGUCUUGUUUUGGCCUCCUUCGUUCUUGUCUUACUUUUGGUCGCUACUGAGAUGGGGACAAUGGAUGUUGAGGCAAGGAGCAAGUCAAGCAAGGUAGUUGAGGAAAGGACCUGCGAGGCUGCGAGCGGCAAGUUCAAGGGGUUGUGCUUUUCGUCUAACAACUGUAAACACACUUGCAAAAGGGAGCAAUUCACCGGAGGCAAAUGUCGAGGCUUCCGCCGUAGAUGCAUGUGCAACAAAAAGUGCUAAUUAAUUUAUUAAAAAGAAAUUUAAUCUGUGUAGGGACCGUGCUUGUGUAAUGAGAUGGAUUGAUAUGACCCUGUAUUCACAGGGUUGCUUUUGCUAAUAAAUUGAAUGACCCUGCAUGGAUCAUUAUUCUUA